GAUGACACAUUGUGUAAUGACUCACUGGGGCUUAUCCUGACUUGGUUGGCGACGUCUGCAUCUCAUCCCUCGUAUCUUCUUUGCGUGGCUGCUUUCCCUGCGAGUGCUACUCUUUCUUUUAUGAUCUCUUUCUUUGUUGCUGUCCUUGUUCGCCAACUUUCUACUUCGAUAAAGCGUCGGCUCCUGAGGUCAUCACACACGUCGGUCCAGUUGAUGAGAGAGAGAGAGAGAGAGAGAGAGACCUUCUUUAUGUGCUCCUGUCAUCCUAUCUCCAUGUUCUCUUCUUGUCGAAGUUGCUCAUAAGAAGCCUGCAUAAGACUACUAAUCAUGCCUUCGUCGCCACAUCAAUUCGACUAAGCUUUCUCUCAUGUCCUUCUUGAUCAAACGCAACAAGCAUGCGCGCGUUGCCCAACAAAAGGCACGUCGAAUGAUCCUCCAUUAAACCCGCUCUCGUGGACACAAUUAUUCCACCCUUCCCUCAUCUCCUUCGCCCUUUUACCCCACACUCGCCUCUCUCAUCCCUAUUUAAACACUCCUCUAUGCCUCGUCUUCCCAUAGACAUACUCUCGUCUCUCACUCUUGGAUACUGUGUUGUAUUAGAAAUAUACAGAUGAGGACUAUGAUAGACUUGGGGAGCCAGAGAGACUCUCUCUACAUCAUCGACACGGCAACUGCCGUCGACUGCACCAAGGACGUCCGCUUCCGGCGAUCUUUCCGAAGCCUCAUCGAGUGCGUGGUUCCAUGCUGUGGCUUCCAGCUGUCGUCCAACACUUCUGAUGUUCCAGACUCUCAUUCCACCGGCGGCGGUUCCACCCCCCCAACCACCACCGUCACCGGCACCUUCUAUGGGCACCGCCGCGGUCACGUCAGGUUCUGCCUGCACGACAGCUCCCGGACCUCCCCCAUCCUUCUGCUGGAGUUCACCAUCCCCACCGCCUGCCUCGCCAGGGAGAUGCGGCAUGGGCUACUGCGCGUGGCGCUCGAAUGCGACCGGAAUCGUGCUCGGUGCUCGUCGCUGUUCGGCGUGCCGGUGUGGUCGGUUUACUGCAACGGGCGCAAAGUGGGGUUCGCCAUCCGGCGUCGGAUGAGCGAAGGCGACGCCGCCAUCUUGAAGCUAAUGAGGGCCAUAUCGGUCGGAACAGGCGUUCUUCCUGGUGCGUCCAAGAUGGGUGAAGGAGACAUUCUGUACCUGAGGGCAAGCUUUGAGAGGGUGAUUGGUUCGAUCAAUUCGGAGUCGUUUCAUAUGAUCAAUCCGGUGGGCUGCACCGGGCAGCAGCUGAGCAUCUUUCUUGUGAGAAGUUAGAGACCAUCUACAAUCUGCGUAUUCUGUAAGUCUCAAUAAAAGAUAUGUUAGAUAAUUGAGACCUACGUCUACAUGUUGAUGUCUGUAGGCCUAUUGACUUGUCUUAUCAUCAAACCUGGUAAUUCUGUGCGUCAUCGUUGACUCUCGUCAGCAGGUGUCAGCUGGGCAUGGCAUUCACCAACCAUUCAUGAUCACUCUCUGUACGCAUGCAGGCGAUCGGAGUUCGUAAAAGCACGGAGGUGCCGAGGCCCUUUAACGCCGUCAGAGCAAGACGACGAAGCAGGCAGGCAGGCAUGCAUGGGAUAACGCUGUUUCCAAGACAAGACGCAUGGAUUGUUUGGCUGCCGGCGUAUAAAUCUCUGCUUUCUGCAGACGACGAAUCAUAGCCUGUGCGUCCCAUAAUGCGUGUUCUCCUCGUGCUGUGUGCAUUCUCAAAGGAUGCAGAAAGGGCUGACGCACGCCUGAGAAAUGAAGCAUCGGCAUCAGCACAAACCAUUAUCCAACAUCAUGAUCACAGAAUCUAACCGGCCGUAAACCCGAAAUGAUGUCCCAUUUCCGUCUCCCGGAAUGCGUGCACCGAAUAGAUUGACGAGAUCUAAUGUUUGUUUACAACCCAAUCUAAAAUGAGAAAACUUAAUGGAAGUCUUUUUCUUUUUAAUCUUGUUUAACUAAACUAGUCUUCUUAUUAAUGAUGUUUGGUGCAAACAAACAUGGCGAGUUUUAGAAAACAAUUUUUUUAUUUUUUUUUAUUUUUUUAUUUUUUUAAGCGCCUCUAAAUAAUUUUUUUAUAUUUUUUAUAUUUAAAAUAUUUUUUUUAUUUUUUAUUUUCUAUAGAGCCAUUCAUAAGGUGAAUCUAUCUAUUUACACUAUUUAUACAUUAUAUCUAAAUAUUUUUUUAAAAUAUAUUAAAAAAAUAAAUAAAAUAUAAAAAUAUUAUAUUUAUAUUUGAAGCAAAG